UCAACGCCAGAAGCCGUCGUCCUUUCGCACAGUGAGCCUAGCCGCGUAGCUAGGACGGUCCACGAAGGACAAAUACAGUUUGCUCGUCUUCUUUGCCCCCCAUACCACCGGCUUCGCCUCGCCGGGCUGGCUAAAGUUGGUUUCGUAAAGUUGUCUUCGUUCUCGGUGGGUCGACCCCUCGCGCGCGCGUGGUGGGGCCGCCCCGUCGGCCGGCGACGUCCCCGUCCGCCGCUCGUCUCCCCCGUCGAGAGAUUCCGACCAACCCGGCCGGUCUGGUUCUGGUCCCGGUCCCAUGGGGGGGUAAAGCUGGCGACGUCCUCGGUGGUGGUGCUGCUGCGGACCUGCGCAGGCGAUCAACAAGAUACCCAAACCAAAGGGCGGAUGAUGGAUCACGGACGGAUGGCCGUGGAAGCGUCACAGCCCAAGCCGGGUGCUGGACAGAAAGGGACGAUGGCCAAAAGAGGGAGGGGGGGAGAAUUCCCCGUCUCCUUCCUAAAAGGCGAUGAGCACCGCUCUCCUCUCCUCUCCUCGUCGUCCCCGUCCCACAUGCUUCUCUACCGUCGGCCCGGGGCAGCAAAACGUCAGACAAGCGGUCUCCUUGCGUGCCAAGGCAAAGGGAGCCAACCCGCCCACCAAACCCCUGCGCUAUCUUGGAGAUACACUUAUCUAUGCUACUGCCAUAAAUGCAGUACUAUGGAAACUGAUCUUGGCUGGCGUGAAUAUGUUCUGGCGACAGAGGAGGCAUACUGGAAUGGCCUGUGGACUGUGAUAUUGUUUGCAGAUUCUCUCAUUGAUGGACAGGAGAGGGAGAAACCUCUAACAGGCAGGAAAUAACUCUAGAAACCAACAGGCUUCCUUGUCUUGCUCCAUUUGAAUUUUGAAAUGUCAAAUGUGAAAUGUCCAAGUGUUCUUGACCAGCUGUGCUCUAUCCAAUCUCAUGUAGACACGAAAUACUUCCAAAAGAAGGAAGAUGUUGAAGAAAAUUUAGCACCCCAACUUUUUUUUUAA